AUGAGCGUCGGUGUGCCUGUGACCAAGUCCUUCAACAAAUUGAAGAAGUAUCCCUACGAGAUAAACAAGUUUGAUAGACGAGAGACGAACGAAUAUUUUUACCUGCCGGUCGAUUGUCCACGUAUGAAAAAAUGUGAUGAUGCGUACUGUCCUUUAGCACACACGAAACUAGAAAAGAUAUUUCACCCCAUCGUAUACAAAACACAAGCAUGUCAGAUGGCAAAGGAUGGAGCUUGUGAUUAUUUUCAGAAGUGUGCAUUUUAUCACGACUCGAAUGAUAAAAAUGAGGCGCACUUGAAUUGGACCAUUUGGGAAAAAAAAUGGAACAAGUGGAGAAACAACAUCGAUAGCAUUUUGACUCAUCACAAUAAGAAUGAUAAGGAAAUCAGGAGGAAGGUGGAAAGCAUUUUGAAGAUCCGUAUGCCACACUUUAAUUAUAACUCCAAUAAGAAUGGUUUAUUUUUGAACAAGAAUGCAUCGUUUUACUCCACGUGGUCGAACAGCAGUCAGGGUGGCGGUGUGAGCAGUGGUAACAAAAUGAGUAAUGUUAGCACUGGGCUUGGGAGCGGGUUGAAUAAUCUUUUGUGUAGUUCCAUCAACGCAUCCAUCACACACUGCCCUACCACAAUGUUUAACAGCCCUUGGAAUUCCAAACAGUUGAGUAGUGUAAAGAAAAGUAUAAAAAAUAACAGUGAUGGUAAAAGUUGCAGUAACAAUAAUGGUAGUUCUAUAUGGAUAAAUGAGCUGAGCGAUUUAGGAACCCUAACUUACGACAAGACGACUGAUAUGAAUACAUCCUUUAUGAACAAGAGCAACAUGUACUAUGAUGACACUCUGAGCUACAAUAGCAAUACGACAGACUGUGGCCUAAAUUUUGAUAUGCUGGAUAACAAUGCUUAUAAGGUGGUUGAGUUUUGUUUCACUGAUUACGAGAAUAAUAAGACGAAGGGUGGUUGGAGGGAGAAUUGCGAUGUGAUGGGCGUUCAGGGGGUCAAUUCUUUCUUCUCGCACGGUUUGAAGGGGCAGGAGGGGGAGACGAAGGCGGGGCUGUCCAACGUUGGUAAGGGAAGUGGAACGGUCGCUGGCGAAGGGAGUUGUGGUGCUGCCCAGGAGAGUAACCCGUUCCAGCAGCUCACCUACAACAAGGCUUGCGAAUAUUUUCCAAGUGUGGCAGACAUGGCAAAUGGAAAAGAGGGAGAAAAUGAUGAGGCAUAUGGAAUGAACGCAAAUGUAUGCAACACGGCUCAGACAAAUGUACACCAUUUUAAGGACGAGCUGAUAACAAGUAUGGGUAGCAGCCCAGAAGGAAACUUCGACUUAAUAGGUUCUAAAUAUUUUUCCAACAAUUCAAAUAAUACUUCCAUUUUUGAAAAUUAUGGAAAUCUGUCCACCAUAUUUGAUGCUAGUGAAAAUAAUAAUAAGGCGAACAGCUUUGCGAACAUGUCCUAUUGUAAGACAUUUGAUAAUCUGAGUUUUGGUGAUACGUGUAGAAGUGGAGUUAACAAUAGUUUCUUUACAAAUGAGCAUGUGGAGGAGGGACAGGGGUGUAAGGUUGAUGUGGAGGAUGGAGACGUGGGUGGAAGUGUAACUGGAGUCGUUGACACAGGGAGGGGUGAAAUGACGGGGGUGAAUAGGGACAAGGAAUUAAAACAAGAACAGGGGGACAGAAAGGACAGUGUUACAUUAACAGGGAACAACACAAAGGGGCAAAAUAAAAUGUCAAAGAAGAAUAAAAAUAAAAAAGGGGGAGAUGCAAAUUUGGCAAAUAAUAAUGGAAGUAGGAACAGCAGUAAUGCACUGAAUGCAGGAAGCAAUACCAGGACAAGUACCUUCAGCGAAAUCCUUUGCGCGGGAAAUAAUGAAAUGAAAAGUGAACUGAACGAGAAAAGGAAAAACAGCAAAAAGGAGAAUCAGAUGAGCAAAAAUUGUAACAAUGAACAGGAUCCGGAUGAUAAGAAAAGUGGAAGUAGCAAAUUUUUGAGUGCUGGGGAGAGGAACGAUGAAGAUUUUAGCAGCGCCGAACAGUCUUGUGUAGAGAGAGAGAAGGGGAAAAGUGUCAAGGGAAAGAAUGGCGAAGGUCAAGGUGGAAAGAAGGGCAGCAACACGCCCAGUACGAACAAAAGUGGAAAUAAGAAUUCGAAGAAGGGCACAACGACGGAAAGUGCUAGUAAUGGCGGCACACCCAGAGGUAGGAAGCAGGUCGAAAGCGAUCAUCGGGAGAGUGACCAGCGGGAAGGUACUGAACAGGAAAAGGGAGAGAGGGAACAAAAAAGCGGCAAGGAAGUUGAAGUCGGCAGCCACGCGAACGAUCAUGCCUUCAGAGACAAAGCUAGAAAGGAUGGAAACGGGAGCGAGAGGAGUAGGAGCAGUGCAGUAAACGGAAGAGAUGUUAGCGGUAAAGGGAGCAGUAGCUGUAGUGGGGUGACUUCCAUGAAUCAGGCGAAAAUUACCUGUGAGGAAUUGAGCGCUGCUGUAUGCACUAGUUCUAGAGGGAACUUUGACUGGGCGCAUAGGAACCAAGAUACGGAGAAUAAGAAACAGAAUAAUGUGGGUACAACGUUUAGUAGUUUAGGUGGUGUACAGAGUAGAGGUGUGUCCAUUGACAUUAACAAUGGUGCUAACUCGUAUCAUGGCGUUAUGCGAACAUCCACGACGGAGUCCAGCGUGAAUAAUGAUAACCAUAUGGAGGACAAGAGGCAGCUAGAGGAGAGCUGUGGCCAGACAAUGAAUUACUCCCACUGCACAGAAAAUAGUGUGCCCUCGAAGGAACCAAGCGAGUUUGUCAUUGCAAACAAGCAACUCGUGAAACAUAAGGAUAGUAUGUUUUAUAAUUACGCGAGAGGUAGCAUGGAUAGCAAGUUGGCCGAGUUGGAAACGUUUGGGGGGAGAAAUGGGGUAAGGGUAGUAGGCGACAACCUGUUUGGAAGGAAGAGAAACAACUCUGCGUUCAUUUUGAAGGAGAGGGAGGAUCAGUCGCGCAUGUCGUUGCAGGGGGUGAGUGGCGGAAUGGGAGAUGACCUGGGCAGCAUUUUUAACCUCGGUUUAAACAUGGGGAACACAUUCAGAGAGAGCCGGGGUUCUGCGUUCAAGGAGGGAAGAAGUUCUUCAUUCAACGAGGGAAGGAGUUCUUCAUUCAGCAUGGGAGGGGGAAAUCCAUUUAGAGAAGAGAGAGGAAAGUCUUUUGGCGAAAACAACCUAGCAAACGACACGUACAGCAAUUUUUUUAUAAAAGAGGAAGCCUUCCACCCGGUGCAUAAUAAGCAGUUUGAGGAGGUCACAAAAACGAAAGAGUACAAUACCAAUGAGAAGGAAGUGAACGAGCCAAUGGAUUACACAAACAACUUGUUAAAUAUAUUUCUCUCGUGUAAUAGUAUUAAUGAGAAUUUCGAAUGCACCAAUGAAUCAGAUAAUAGGUUCACCGAUUUUAAAGAGGACACGAAUCUGUUUGGUCAUAAAGAAAAGGAAGUGACACAUGGAAGGGAAUUUUUUAAUUCUUCAUCCCAUAAUUUUAACCCAUUUGGAAAUUACUACAAUUUUUUGGGCCCUUCAUGUUUACAGUGUAAGCACUACAAAAAUGAAAUAAAAAAUUUAAUGGUUCAGAUAAAAAUUUUAAGACAGGAGCUACUCAAAUGCAAACAAAUAAUAAUGGCGUCUGGGCUGAAUGGAGGUAAUGAUAAUAAAAUGAAUCCUUGUAAUUACAACUGGACGAACACAAAGAGUUUGUCCGAUAUGUACGAGAAGAAGAAUUUUGUGUCUUCCAUCGAGGCGAAUGAUUGA